AUGUCUGGUACUAAAGAUCAAGAUCAAGAAAAACCACCAAAGCCAGUCGAUGAGAGUUUCUCCGACGCUGAAGAAGACGAAGAAGAUUUCGAUGCUUUAAUCGAAGAAUUACAAUCCCACCACGGUGGUAUGGAUGGUGAUGAUGAAGAAGACGAUGGUCCAGCUGCUGCUGGUGAAGCCCGUGUCGUUCCAGAAGAAAUGUUACAAACUGACCCAUCUGUUGGUUUAACGUCUGACGAAGUCGCUAGAAGAAGAAAGAAGUACGGUUUGAAUCAAAUGUCUGAAGAUAUUGAAAACCCAUUCGUUAAAUUCUUAAUGUUCUUCAUUGGUCCAAUUCAAUUCGUUAUGGAAGCUGCUGCUAUCUUAGCUGCUGGUCUUUCCGAUUGGGUCGAUUUCGGUGUUAUUUGUGGUUUGUUAAUGUUAAACGCUGUUGUUGGUUUCGUUCAAGAAUUCCAAGCUGGUUCAAUUGUCGAUGAAUUGAAGAAGACCUUGGCUAAUUCUUCCACUGUUGUUAGAGAUGGUAACUUAGUUGAAAUCCCAGCUAACGAAGUCGUCCCAGGUGAUAUCUUACAAUUAGAAGAUGGUGUUAUUAUUUCUGCUGAUGGUAGAAUCGUUACUGAAGAUUGUUUCAUUCAAAUCGAUCAAUCUGCUAUAACUGGUGAAUCUUUGGCUGCUGACAAACAUUUCGGUGAUCCAACUUUCUCUUCCUCUACUGUUAAGAAGGGUGAAGGUUUCAUGGUUGUUACUGCUACUGGUGACAACACUUACGUCGGUAGAGCUGCUGCUUUAGUUAACCAAGCUUCCGGUGGUAGUGGUCAUUUCACUGAAGUUUUGAACGGUAUUGGUAUUAUCUUAUUGGUUUUAGUCGUUGUUACUUUAUUAUUGGUCUGGACUGCUGGUUUCUACAGAACCGUUAACGUCGUUUCUAUCUUGAGAUACACUUUGGCUAUCACCAUUGUCGGUGUUCCAGUCGGUUUACCAGCUGUCGUUACCACUACCAUGGCUGUCGGUGCUGCUUACUUAGCCAAGAAACAAGCUAUUGUUCAAAAAUUAUCUGCUAUUGAAUCUUUGGCCGGUGUCGAAAUCUUGUGUUCCGAUAAAACUGGUACUUUAACCAAGAACAAGUUGACUUUACACGAACCAUACACUGUCGAAGGUGUUUCUGCCGAUGAUUUAAUGGUUACUGCUUGUUUGGCUGCUACCAGAAAGAAGAAGGGUUUGGAUGCUAUCGAUAAAGCUUUCUUGAAAUCCUUAUCUCAAUACCCUGUCGCUAAAGCCGCUUUGGUUAAAUACAAGGUCUUGGAAUUCCACCCAUUCGACCCUGUCUCCAAAAAGGUCACUGCUAUUGUUGAAUCCCCAGAAGGUGAAAGAAUCAUCUGUGUUAAAGGUGCUCCAUUAUUCGUCUUAAAGACUGUCGAAGAAGAUCACCCAAUCCCAGAAGACGUUCAUGAAAACUACGAAAAUAAAGUUGCUGAAUUAGCCUCCAGAGGUUUCAGAGCUUUAGGUGUUGCAAGAAAAAGAGGUGAAGGUCACUGGGAAAUUUUGGGUGUUAUGCCAUGUAUGGAUCCUCCAAGAGAUGAUACUGCUGAAACUAUUGAUGAAGCUAGAAGAUUAGGUUUAAGAGUCAAGAUGUUAACUGGUGAUGCUGUCGGUAUUGCUAAGGAAACUUGUAGACAAUUAGGUUUGGGUGACAACAUCUAUAAUGCUGAAAGAUUAGGUUUAGGUGGUGCCGGUUCCAUGCCAGGUUCUGAAUUGGCUGAUUUCGUUGAAAACGCUGAUGGUUUUGCUGAAGUCUUCCCACAACAUAAAUAUAAGUGUGUCGAAAUUUUACAAAACAGAGGUUACUUGGUUGCUAUGACUGGUGAUGGUGUUAACGAUGCUCCAUCUUUGAAGAAGGCUGAUACUGGUAUUGCUGUCGAAGGUGCUACCGAUGCUGCUAGAUCUGCUGCUGAUAUUGUCUUCUUAGCUCCAGGUUUAUCUGCUAUUAUUGAUGCUUUGAAGACUUCCAGACAAAUUUUCCACAGAAUGUACGCUUACGUUGUUUACCGUAUUGCUUUAUCUUUACAUUUAGAAAUCUUCUUAGGUUUAUGGAUUGCUAUUUUGAACCACUCCUUAGAUAUUGAUUUAGUUGUUUUCAUUGCCAUUUUCGCUGAUGUUGCUACUUUAGCCAUUGCUUACGAUAAUGCUCCUUACUCUCAAACUCCAGUCAAGUGGGAUUUACCAAGAUUAUGGGGUAUGUCUGUUAUCUUAGGUGUUAUUUUAGCUGUCGGUUCUUGGAUUCCAUUAACCACUAUGUUCUUACCAAAGGGUGGUAUUAUUCAAAACUUCGGUUCCAUUGAUGGUGUUAUGUUCUUUGAAAUUUCUUUAACUGAAAACUGGUUGAUUUUCAUUACUAGAGCUGCUGGUCCAUUCUGGUCCUCUAUUCCAUCUUGGCAAUUAGCCGGUGCCGUCUUAGGUGUCGAUAUCAUUGCUUUAAUGUUUACCUUGUUCGGUUGGUGGUCUCAAAACUGGACUGAUAUUGUUACCUGUACUAAGGUCUUAAUCUGGUCCGUCGGUGUUUUCUGUGUCAUGGGUGGUGCUUACUACAUCAUGUCCACUUCUGAAGCUUUCGAUAGAUUUAUGAACGGUAAGCCAAAGGAAGAAAGAUCUCAAAGAUCCAUCGAAGAUUUCAUGGCUGCCAUGAGAAGAGUUUCUACUCAACACGAAAAAGAAAAUUAG